UAUCCGAAAUGACUCCAGCGGGGCUGUGGCGGGGGGCUGUAGCGGGAGCCUCGUCUUGGCCCCCAUUGCCUUGUUCGUCUGGGUCGCACCGCGAAAGCCCUAGUUGUUUGCCUCCUUUCUCAUCACUUUCAUGUCCUUCCCACAUACAAUUAAAGCCUAGGCCUACCCGGUUUCUGCCCACGCAACAAAACUUGACUGGCAGACUCCUCUAUCCCGAUCGAACCAAUGGCAUCACACCAACCUCUGAACAGCAACAGAGCUCAGCUUCGGCAGGGGUUAAGAGGAUACCAAAUAUUCUUCAUUGUUAUCAGCAGCGUCAUCGGCACGGGAGUGUUCACCAGCAAUGGCCAGGCUCUCGCACUGGCAGGGCCCCUGGGCAUGCUCUUCACCGUCAUCAUUUUGGGCCUGAUCGCAAUAUUUGUGGGUGAGACGAUCAGCGAGCUCGUGCAGGUGUUCCCGGUACCGAACGCGAUAUUCGAGUACGUGUACGCAUUUGUUGACGAGGACCUCGCUUGGGUUGUCGGGGUCUGCUACUGGUACUCUUUUGCGUCGGUCUUCGCAUUGCAGAUGCUGGGAGCUGCUGCUCUUCUAUCGUACUGGGGACCAGAUGGUUUCUUGGCGCCGCUGGUGUUCUACGGCGUCACGCCUUUCGUGCUUUUCUUCCUCAAUCUGAGCGGCGUCUAUUGGUUUGGCAUCGUCGAGACAAUAGGGGGGUUCCUCAAGAUCAUUUUGCUGUUUGGGGUAACUUUCAUCCUUUAUGUCAUUGCUGGGGGGCAAGGGGAUCCCAAUGAACCAAUCAAAAACGGCUUCAAUCACAACAUCGACUUCAUUAAUAACAACACGAAGGCCAUAUGCCUUGCAUUCCCUGCCGUAGCGUACAGCUACAUCGGCAUAGAAGCCACCAUCGUGGCCGCCUUCGAGGCACAGCCUCCCAACGGCAUCGGAUGGCCAUCGCGUACAAUUCACUGGGCCGUAUUUCUCUUGUACUUCCUAUGCACGCUCGGCAUCGCGCUCACAGUCCAGUGGGGAAACCCGAGUCUGCCUGUACCCUACGGCGGCAUCGUCCUGCACUCGAACUCGACAGGAAACCAAGCCGGGAAAACGGACAGCGCCGUCAUCAUCGCCGUGCUGCAGUCAGACCGCGGGGUCGUUGCGGGCAUCAUCAACGGCUGUCUCAUCUUUAGUACCAUCUCGGCGGCCAACACGUCGCUUUAUAUUGCAAGCCGGACAUUGUACGGGCUGACUUACCGCAUCACGGGGCGGAACCCCCUGAGCAGGAAGCUAAGGAAGGCGAGCGUGAUUUGGGAGGUGACGGGUACGCCGGCAAUGGCGCUCUUGUGGUCGGUGUUAGCAUUUUACUGGCUGCCGUGGUUGGAGAUGGUGACUAACAAGUCGGCUGCGAUUCUUAUCAACGAUGUCAUCGACAUGAUCUCCAUCACGUCGAGCGUCUCGUGCUUGAUCGUAUGGGCGGCCAUUUGUGUUGCUUUCCAUCGGUACGAGAGGUGGACGAGGUUAUGCGACGAUGGUCUCAGAACUCGGGGCUACACGCGAUUCAUCCGCAAUUCUCCCGAAUACAAGCAGAGAGUCUGGAACCUGCUCAUCUGGCUGCAGCCGUGGAACGCCCGGAUCGGGUUUAUAGGCUGUCUGGUCGCUUUCGCCUUCGCCAGCGCCAUGUGGUGGGACACGCCGGUCACUCCGCUGAAAGUGGCCGCGGCGUACGGCACGGUAGGUCCAGCUCAUCUAUCCAGAAAUAGCCUGGACAAAGACUGACAGAAUAAAAACAGCACAUCAUCCUCUUCGCCUUCUGGUGCGUCCUCAAGACAUACCGAAAAUGGCAGCACGGAUGGGUGCCCAUGGAGGUCGACCCCAUGGCACGGGCGCUGGUGCGAAGGCUUCAGAGGCUGGAGUGGUUGGCGCAGAUGGAUGAAAUUAGGGGCGAGUAUAACCAUCCCAAUGUGCAAUUUCUGUCGUUUGAUAGGCUUCAUCGCGAGACUCCGUCGCUUAAC